UUAAGACCAAACGUGCAAAUUAUUACUUGCCUAUUGAACAGGCAAGAAAAUAAAGUGUGAAACAGUGCAUUCACAAUGCAAGAAAAUAAAGUGUGAAAACGUUUCUACUGAAAAACCACGUAUUCCUGCUCGUAUCUUAGGGAGGAGAUACAUGCUAACAACUACAAAAUAUAAAUACUUAGAAAUUGGAAUCAGUGUAGGACCUGCAUCCUACGUGGAACUUGUUCUUGGCGAUAAUCGAGGCAAUCAUUUGAUAUUACCGAAUGAAAUCUGGAAGGAGAUUAUACACAGACGUGCACACAUUGAGCGAUAUGUGGAGUCAUCUUAUUCCUCGCCAUUAUGGAUUCAAGAUUUGUCGGUGGAAUGUCGCAUGAUGCAUGGGGAUACCAUUAUACAGCUUACAUUGUUCAACAAGUCAUUGUAUUUAAAACCGGAAACAUUGAAUAACUUAUUCAAUCUUGAGCAGUGUAUUGAUCAUAUGUACUCAUGGUUAUAUAAAAAUACACAUAUUGUUAAUGCAAAGUUCCAAAAAUUUGUAUGCAUUUUGCAACAAAAUGAUAUUAUUCGUAAAUGGUACGAAUCAAAAACUACUGACUGGUCUUACGCCGCUAAAGUAAUACGCAAAAGUGACGAUUUCGACAGCGAGUCUCUUGUCGACUGCGAGUUAUUGGCGUGCGCCUUGAAAGAUAUUGUACAUUAUGCUCUUGAUAAAUAAUAAUCAACUAUUUUAGAUCGUAAA